AUGGGUCUUACAGCCAGCUGGCCGUCAACUCGAUCGUAUCACGACCUCUACACUCAAGAUCUGGCUUCCUCCCUCGCUCAAUCUCCUAUGGGCGACGCUUACAGGAUCGAUGUCUUGACUUGGGAGCUUGCAGACCAUCCCGAGUUCAAAGCUGCUCUUGAGGGGCUGGUGUAUACCCGCAGGGCCAAGCCCAAGGUUUGGGAAGUGUACCUUUCCGAACUGAAUCCUGUGGCCACAUUCCACCCACAGGCCGACCUCGAAAGUACUUGGGUCCCUCCGCCUCAGCAUCCUCUGGGCAACCAUCCUCUCCCCUUUGACAAGUGCCAUAUCGACACCACUCUGGUCCCCUUCUUACUUCACCAUGCGAUCAAAACCCCCGCAAUCAACAAGCAGCCUGUGACUACACCAAGCACUAUCCCAGCAAUCACCCCACCGCUGAGACCCAGGAUGGCCUCGAAAGUGGAGGUCCAGCCACUUGGGUCGGCAAUACCAAGCGGCGUGGUAGAUGAGGCUACGGAGGGAUCAGGGAUGGAAUGGACCAUAGUGACGGCGAGGAAGUGA